UCAAAAAAUAAUCCAGCUGUCAAAACAACAAACUCGAAUCAGAUUUCGAUCACGUAUAUUUUGUUGACUAUUAAGCGUUUUUAUGACUGGAUUUGAUAUUCAACUUCCAAAACCCGAUCAUUUAUUGAUUUUAAAUGAUGAGUGACAUCCUUAGACCUCAUUUAGUAUGGAUAGAAGGAAGAUGCUAUAGAGUAAACGACCACUCGAUUGAAGUCACUUCACUACAAGAACACGAUUCAUACGAGAAUGAUACCUAUGACGAUGAAUACGAUGAAGGUGGUGAUGAAGAUGUUGAAGUAGUCAUGAUGGACAGUUCUAGAUAUAGAUCUAGUUUACAUGUUUCUAAGCAUUACCUAGGGUCUAUUAUCGGAAAGAAGGGAGCUAUGAAAUUGAGGAUUCAGCGGGAUACUAACACUGAGCUUAAGAUACCAAAACAAGGGCAAGAUGGAGAUGUUGUAAUUUAUGGACCUUCAGAAUCAAGUGUAAAAGCUGCAAGAAGACGUAUAAACAUAAUAGUGAUGUCAUCAAGGAUGAAACAAAGAGCUACACAUUUUAUAUCAAUACCUAUGAAUAGUCCUGAUGUUGUUAAAAGAUAUGAAAAAUUUGAGGCCGAAGUCUUACGUGACUGUCCUAGCAGAGGUCUAGAAAAGUCCAUAUUUAUCGGGGGACAGAAACUCCACCUGACACUUGGUGUGAUGUGUUUAAUGGAUAAUGAGGAGAGAUCAAUUGCAUCAAACCUGCUCAAGCAGGCGAAAAAUGAAGUUAUAAUGCCUAUACUUCUAGAGCACUUGCCUUUAAAGAUCAGAUUAAAAGGCUUAUCAUACAUGAAUGAUGAUCCAUCUGAAAUUGAUGUUUUGUAUGGCUUAGUGGAAGAGGAGGGGAAUACUAAAGGCCUGAUUCAAGAGAUGUCUGAUGCUAUAGUCGACUUUUAUUAUAGAGCAGGAUAUAUGGAAAGAGAACAUGGCAGGGAAAACGUGAAGUUGCACGUUACACUUAUCAACUCUAAGUAUAGAAGUAAGUCGGACACUCCUCAUGUUGACGACCAAGGAACCAGAGCUAGACAGCCGCGGAUCAAUUUUGAUGGUACAGAAAUACUCGAGAAAUUCGCGAACUAUGACUUUGGCGUUGUCGAGUUGAACAGUAUACAUCUAUCGCAGAGACAUUCGACGGGACCCGAUGGUUAUUACCAACCGACUUGCGUCAUCAAUUUGCAAUAAGAAUAUUUUUUAUUUUUUGAUAAUAAAAUUUUGUUAUUAA